AUGUCAGUGUAUUCAGAAGUCAAUUCUCCAGCAAGACAAUUAUUCUCAUGUUGCAAUGACUGCUCUAUGGAUAAAGCACUUCUGACUAGAAUGAGACAAGAAGAAGCUGAGAAUUUAAUAACAUUAUCAACUAAAAAACUACAAGAAAUUUAUGACUUUGACAGUGAAUAUUUGGCAUCAAAUAAUACAUUAAAAAAUUUUUCAAGAAAUUCAACACGAUCCAGUAAUGUACUUGCAUGUCCAUUUGAAUGUUCCUCUACGUCAGCAUUUACUGUCAAACAGAGUGAUUAUGAAAAAAUCCGACCGAAAGAUACUUGGCAUUGGAAAUAUAUUGACGCAAAUAGUCAAUAUAUACCAUCGUUUUAUCGCAACAAACUAAAUAAUUUAAAUCGUCAUAUAUCAAUAACUCGGCCUGAAAAUUUUGACUAUUUAAAAACACCCAGUUAUUCGAUAACUGAUGGCAAUCGUAGCCUACAAUUCGAACUGAAGAAUAAUAAGAUAGAGAAGAAGGGUUUACUAAAUUCACUUAACUCAUGGAAUGUACCAGUGGGAUAUAUAAAGAACGCAUCCUCCAAUAAUCCGCGUCCUAAGCAUAAUUCGUUAAUGCAAAUAAAUGAAAUCACACUGACUAAAAACACUUUACUAAAUCAAAUCCCGUUAAACAGGACAAGAAAUUUAUUGAAUAAUCCUGAUGUCAGUAAAUGUGGGAAAACCAAACCCUAUUUAACACCCGAAAUCUGUCGAAAAGAAUCCAUAAAACGAAGCAAAUCCAGUUCAUUCAGCAGAAAAUAUCGUCAAAUGACAAUAUUAAAGAUUCUAUCAAGAUGGCAUAAACAAGUGGAAAAAUCCUAUUCACAAUAA